CGUAAAACAAAUCGCGCAAGGCGCGAAACAAAACAACCAAGAACCAAAUAUGCAAAUAAUAUCACAGAUAAUAUUAUAAUCAUAAAUCAACAAGCAUGGUUGUGUGCGUUGAAUAUGUUCUUGAGAUUUGAAGUUUUGAUAAAAAUCUUUUGCGUAUUUUCAGAUCAGUAUGGCGGAAGGAGGAGAUGUAAUUCAACGUGUUGACAUGGCAUCAAAUGAAGAUCUUGAGAAAAUCCUUGAUGAGUUGAUAAUGAAGAGAAUGCACAGCUAUCAGAUAGAGGAUUGCUUUCACAUUUUUUUGGGACUAUGCGGAGACGAUGAAAGAUCACUGAUGAUUAAUUUUUUAAAAAUAUUUCUAUCAUGUAUACCAGAAGCGGCCAUUCGCGACAUUCUAAUUGUCGAUGAUGCAAAUAUCGUGAUUGGUUAUGAUGUCGAUGUGAUGCAAAAUGAUUUGAAGGAGCUGAACAAAAUGUUCCAUCAAGAUCAGCAAAAGAAACUAAAAACCUAUUUGAAUAACUUCAAGUUGUUUCUUGUUGAAAUGAUGCAUUCAAAGACUUUUUCCAAGCUUUUCAAAGGAAACCGUCAAAUGUUAGCUGCACUAAAUGCUAUACUGAGGCAGAUGUGCUCUUCUGAGUACACUAGACAAAGAGAAGUUGCAAUUGUGGCCAUGUUUGAAAUGCUUGGCUGGAUGUUGGAAAACGAAUUCUAUGAACAACAUGACGAUUGGCCGGAGGUGACAACUUUUGAAGAUGACUGUUUGCGUAUGGAGGUAGAUACCCCUAGUACUUGUUUGGAGUAUAUAAAAUCACGAGCUCUCGAUUGCAUCUCACUGCCUCUAAUCAAUGACUCCCAGUACACUAUCAGGCUCUCGGUAUUGAAUUACAUUCGGGAGAAUUACAAAGAACAUGUGGAUAUUGUGAAGCAUGCUGGUAUCCUCAAGGGUCUUGCAUUCUGCAUUAUGGACAGUUCCUUCACUGUUCAGCUGUCUUGUGUCAAGCUGCUCUUAGAGCUAUUGGAGAAGUUGAAUAAUGCAGAGCUGAUGGAUUGGUUUCAUGACGAGUGCCAAAUCUCAGUGAACUGCACGGUGGUUCCUGUCAAUUUAUUGAUUGAAAAUUUGACUCCUAAAGCGUCAGAAGAUCUUAUCGACACUUCAAUGAAGAUUGUGAUUCAUCUGGAAAAAUACUCUCCCGGCCGUAUCAAGGCAACAGGUGUGAAUUUCCUGUUCACAAGCUUGUGCAUUAGUCACAAAGAUGCAGUCAAAUUGGUUGCAGAGUUGGUGCACGCGGUGCUCUGUGGAGUUGCUGUAUCCUCUCACCUGGCCGACUACCAACAUUACAAAACGUAUAUCAGCUACUUUGGCAAAAUGCAACACACUCUAUCCAAAGCAAUACCAACCGAUGUUUUCGUGAAUCCAUGGAUGGGGAUCCCAGAUUCUCCAUUGCUCAACUUUGAAUAUUUCGUGAAAUGUUUGUUGGAAGAAGAAACAUUGGUUGAAAAUAAAGGAAUCGAUUUGCUUACAGUAUUGAGGGCUGUCCUAUGUCAGCUAAAUGGCUUCUUUCCUCAAAAAUUGAACAGAGUCAUGCUCAUUAAUGACAUGUCAAUUGAUGAUAGAAGAAACAAACUAGACAGUUUUGUUAUUAAUUUUGCAAAAUUCAUCGAUGGUCUACUGAGCAAUUGGAACGUAAACAAGGACUGUCUAAAUAUAUGCCUGAAUAUCGUCACACAUAUUCCAGCCGUGUCUCUUACUGAGGAGUCGUUGCUGAAGUCUUUGCAGGCGAUGAUCGAGAAAAUACUACUGAACGAAACGUUCAACUAUAAAGAGAGACAACGAGCAAUGAGGGCGUUAGCACAUGUGGGCAGUGCAGAUAAGCCCGUUUGCAAGAAUGUUGUCAAGGAAGUGAUUGGCAAUCUGCUUGAGUCAUUCGAAGGCGAUGUUUGGAAAUUGGCUGAUGACACCGAAGCACUCAACAGAGAUGUUCUUGGAAAAGUUGUAGCUGGUUGCCAGAAUAUGCUGUCAUUGUUUGAUCACUUCGAUCUGACUCCAGUUCUUGAACAAAUCAAUCGUUGCGAAAUGGUAAUCUUGCUUUCGAAGUUAUUACUGGCUGAUCAUAAUUCCAAAGAGUCGAAAAUGUAUGUGAUGAAAAUACGUCAUUCAUUGUUGGUUACUGAUAUGAACAUAAGUAUUGAAUCGUUGACCAAGCGUCGUGACAGACAUCCACUUCAUGAAUUCGAUAAGUGUGUGGCCGCUUACCUUGUCGACAUUUGUAAAAUAAUUCCUAUUUUGAUUGGUUGGCUGGGAAACCUUGAAGAUAGAGAACAAGUCGAUAUGUUGGAAAUUGUCAAAAAAGAGCUUGACAUCCUUUGUGUCCUGAGGAAGUUUGAUUCUGAUUGGUUCAGAAAUGCUGAUGCUUUAAAAACUGAAGAUUUCAAGCGACAUAUUGUUGAGCCUCUAAAAGAGUGGAUUGAAGCAAGAAUUCCUGUCCGUGCAUCACCAACUACUGAAGAAAUGCAGCCAGGGAAAAUUGAAUCAACCAUUCAGACAAUUUUGUCACUAUUGAAAGAUGGAUCUUUGCUUCUCGCCGAUUUCACAGAUUUUGUGACGUUUGCAUUAAGAAAGGGUGAUCCACUUGCUAUUGAAGUUGUCACUAGACACAAAAAUCUGAAGCCAGUGAUCAAUGUCCUUUUUUCACUAAUGAAGGCCAGUUUGGAUGAAGUUGCGUCCCCAAAUUUUUCGAAGCAGAGGGUUAAAAUUACUUUGAGAGUUUGUAUGGCAAUUAUCAAAGAAAUAAUAUUGAUCAUAAUGGAAAAUAACUAUAAUGACGGAAGGCGUGUAGCACAGGCAACAUUGGGUAAAAUUGUGAAUCUGAUCUUCGAAACUAAAAGCGAAGUUCUGCCUGGAUCAAUUUUGGCACAUUUCGUCUAUCCUUGGUUCAGAAUCAUCUUUGAAUACUGUAUGCCACCAUUGAUUCUUUCUACUGACGACCUACUAGACUGGGAAAUAUUAUUGCAAAAGUAUCCUGAAAUUGCAUACUUGAUCAAUCUUCUAUGUACAAGAACUGAUGAAGACCGACCUUCAAAGCUCCAAAAUAGUGCAAUGGAGCUAAUAUAUUUUCCUGAAAAAUACAUCGCUGAGUGCUGACGUUUGAAACUAGGUAGUACGAUGUUAAUCCUAAGAUAUGAGAUAAAAUGUUUAUUUAUCCAAUUACAGUUGAAUAUCGUCAACUAAAAUACAAAUAAAAUAUAUCGUCAAUAAAUACAUGUUGAAAUUAUAUUGAUAGGAAACAAAAAUAAAACAGACUGUAGUAUGUUAAAUUGCGAUACGAAUUAUCAAAAAAAUAAAAUAACAUAGUGAGAACAAAAAAUAGUAGCAGAUCAUACAGUACUUGCUACUAUAUAAUAUUAUUACCUACCUACCUGUUAGUUUGAAGGACGUCAAUAUACUGUUGAACUGUUGGUAGGCUUUGUCACAUUUUAUCCCGAGGUCGGUUUGAAUUUGUUGAGUGGAUUGCUGGUAGAUGAGAAUUUCAAGUGUAAUGGAAGCUUAUUAUAAAAUUUGCAACCUGCGUAACUUGGCUUGCUCUCAAACAGCUUCCUCAUAUUUGGCUGAAUAACAAAACUCUCUUUUCCUUCUUCUCGUUAUUAGAAGAGUGCCUAUCGGCGAUAAGUCUCAAAUAAAUUAUAUUUUUUACAGUGAGCAUUAUAAGUCGGAAGAGGUAAAUCGAGGGCACAGUCAGUAAAACGACAAUCGUCUGGAAAAAUCUAUACAGGUGUGAUUAUAUGUGCCUUCUUUUGUAAUAUAUAAGGACUCUUCGCAUAUUUUCCUUUGAGGUACUACCCCGAAUCUCUGUUCGAUAUGUCAUGUAACAAUAGGAAAUUAUAAAAUAUGCAACUUUGACAGAAUUUUAAGGAACAUUUUCAAACAGACUUCUUAUAAGGAAGAGAGUUCUUGAAAUCAUCAAUAUGCAAUGUCUAUGUCAACCUGUCACCAAAUUUCAUCCUAUUAACUGAGUCAGUGUACACAAUGAUAUCCUCUCUAACACUUGAUUGAGAUAUUAUGGAAUCUCAUCACUUGAAGGCUUGUUAUACAGAGCCACAGCUGUGGUCGCAAUUAGUGAUUUUCGGAGAAAUCACCACAAUCACAUCAUAAAUAACAGUCUAAUCGGUGCUGUUGCUUUGUUUAAUAGGGUUCUCGAAAGGACACCUUUUGGCAACCAGCAUCUUCGAUAAUAAAUGGUGGUUUGAAAUAACCAGAGAAUCUUUGAAACCAAAGGAAAUAAUCCUACGAUGAGAAUUUUUUUCUCAUCAUAAUUCCUUAUUUCAACAGUAUUCAACUUACUAUAUUAUACUAUUAUCAGUAUUCAUCUACAUAUCAGUAUUAUAUUUACUAUAUUAUAUUAAACAAUUAUAAAUAGGUAAUAUAAUUAAUUUGAAGCCAGGAGCAAUUUAUUAAGAUAUGUCUUGAAAAUGAAAAAGCUUUUUAUUUUAAAAAUUACAUCGUAAAUAUAUUAUGUCUGUCUAGCAUCCAUCACAAUGUUCCAUAAUUAAUUCGAAUGAAAAUUAUAAAAAUCUUAAUAAUUUGAAGAGAUUUUGUUAUUUUAAGAUUUUGAUACCAAACAAUUGAGUAAUGGAAGACUGGAAUAAGUACAAAUUAUUCUAUUUUGUGUGGAUUCCUGUAUCGAAUAAUUGAGUAUUAGAAAAUGUUAAUAAGUUCAAAUAUAAUUUUUAUAAUAUUGUAUAAUUUGAGAUUAUAAUAUGAAUGAGAUAUGAAUAUAAGUGUGAGAUUCUCCACUUGAUAAAUAAGAAGUCAGAUUAAAAAAACUGACAUUCUUUGGAUUCGGCAUUAUUUUUAUUGAUCUCUAAAUAGUGAGAGAAUAAAACUUUAGUAUCUAGCUCAUUAAAUAUUACUUAUUGAAUUGAUAAUUUUGCUUAGUAAUUUGUAAAAGUGAGGUAAGUUA